CCCGGCGGUAGUUUGCGCUGCCCGGGUUGCAGUGUGUCAAACGGCCGCUGGUAACCUGCAUGUGAUCCGGUUUUAUUGAUCCGUGGUCAGGUGUAACAGGCUGUCUCCUCCGUCUUAUCUUCUCCUUCUUCUCACCCACCUGUCGGGGAAACAUGCUGCGCGUGCGGGCUGCAGUGAGCCAGUCGUGGAGGGGGUUGAAAACGUCGCCGUUGGCAGCCGUGGAGGUGACGAAUGAGCCGAUCCUCGGCUUCACAGAGGGGAGUGCAGAAAGAAAAGAUCUGCUAAAGGCGCUGGCCGGUCUGAAGGGCCAGACGGAGGAGAUCCCGUGUGUGGUCGGAGACGAACACGUCUGGACCAAAGACAUCAGAUAUCAGCUAUCACCUUUCAAUCACUCCCAUAAAGUGGCAAAGUUCUGUUAUGCUGACAAGGAGCUGAUUAACAGAGCCAUCGUGGCGUCUGUGGCGGCGAGGAGAGAGUGGGACCUGAAGCCCGUCCAGGACAGAGCGCGGGUUCUGUUCAAGGCGGCCGACGUCAUCAGUGGACCCAAGAGAGCCGAGAUCCUCGCCAAGACCAUGAUCGGACAGGGGAAGACGGUGGUCCAGGCGGAGAUCGAUGCGGCUGCGGAGCUGAUCGACUUCUUCAGAUUUAACGCCAAACACGCCGUAGAUCUGGAGAAACAGCAGCCGCUAAACUCUGAGGGAACCACCAACACCAUGCUGUACCGGGGACUGGAGGGCUUUGUAGCUGCUGUGGCUCCUUUUAACUUCACUGCUAUUGGUGGAAACCUGGCAGGUACUCCAGCUGUCAUGGGCAACGUGGUUCUGUGGAAGCCCAGCGACACGGCCGUGUCAGCCAGCUACGCCGUCUACAGAGUGCUGAGGGAGUGUGGGCUCCCCCCCAACAUCAUCCAGUUCCUGCCAGCGGACGGCCCUGUGUUCGGAGACACCGUCACCUCCUCCCAGCACCUGGCCGGCAUCAACUUCACCGGCAGCGUCCCGACAUUUAAGCGUCUCUGGAAGCAGGUGUCCCAGAACCUGGACUCGUACCGGACGUUCCCUCGGCUGGCCGGAGAGUGCGGUGGGAAGAACUUCCACUUCGUGCACAAGUCGGCGGACGUGGAGAGCGUGGUGAAUGGGACGAUCCGCUCGGCGUUCGAGUACGGAGGCCAGAAAUGUUCGGCGUGCUCCAGGAUGUACGUACCGGACAGCACGUGGCCCGCCAUCAGGGAGGGGCUGCUGGCUGUGCACAGCCAGCUCACAGUGGGAGACCCCGUCAAAGACUUCAGCACGUUCUUCUCGGCUGUGAUCGACGACAAGUCGUUUGCUCGGAUAAAGAAGUGGAUCGACCGUGCCAAGUCCUCCUCCAGCCUGAAGGUCAUCGCCGGCGGUAACUAUGACGACAGCAAGGGCUACUUUGUGGAGCCGACCAUCAUCGAGACCACGGACCCGCGGGACACCAUCAUGAGCGAGGAGAUCUUUGGGCCGGUUCUGGCCGUCUAUGUUUAUCCAGAGAAGGAUUACCGAGAGGUGCUGCAGCUGAUAGACAACACGUCUCCCUACGCUCUGACUGGAGCCGUGUUCGCUCAGGACAGGACUGUGGUGGACGAGGCAGCUCGAGCUCUGAGAAACGCUGCAGGAAACUACUACGUCAACGACAAAUCCACUGGCUCGGUGGUUGCUCAGCAACCGUUUGGUGGCGCCAGAGCGUCAGGAACCAACGACAAACCGGGCGGUCCUCACUACGUCCUGCGCUGGACGUCUCCGCAGGUGGUGAAGGAGACACACGUCCCGCUGGCAGACUGGAGGUACGCCUACAUGGGCUGAGUCCCGUCCUGCUGGACCAAUCAGAGCUCUCCCUCCCUCCUCCACCAAUCAGCUGGCUCUCAGAAACAACGAGGUGAAUGUAUCGGGACAGCCGAGCGGUGAGAAGCUCCUCCGUCCUCUGAACACUUUAUCUGUCCACGGAUGUUAGUUAUUGAUGCUCAGAUAUCAAUAUUUUUAUGUGUUUUAAUCCAAAUCUAAUUGGUAGUUUCAUCCAUUCAUAAAUGGAGUCUUUUUAUUUUAAGGUCAAAAGGAAAAAAAUCCCAGAUUCCAGCUUCUGAAGUCUGAGUAUUUGCUGCUUUUCUUAACUCUUGUGUGACUCUAAAGUGAAAUAUCAUAUCAUGAUCAUAGUCAUAGUCAUAGUCAUCAUAGUCAAUCAUAUCAUAGUGUUUUGGACUGUUGGGGAGACAAAUCAAGACAUCUGGAGACUUCAGCUUGAAGAUGAACCCAUUUAAAUAUUAUUUUAGGUCAACAUCAGAACAUAAAAGUCUUCCUCUGCGUUACGUCUCUAAACAAAAAGCCCUUUAUAAGUUUAAUAACUAUGAAACAUAUUUCUAAUCGUCUAAAUCAUUUAAAAGGUGUUUAACUGUUGUGGAACUGGUUGUUUCCUGUUUAGAUGUCUGUGUCACAGUAACAUGUGUCCCCUGUUCAGUAAGAAACAAGCAGCAGUGAAAGUGUCUGGCAGAUGUUUAACAUGAACCAGAUGUUUGCUGAUAACAAUAAUAAUAAUCUCUGCUGGUUUGUCUUUUCUCAAACACUGUGAUUAACCUAUAUAUUUUCUGAAGAGUAUUUUGUAUUUUAAUCUUUUGCUGUCGUCAAACAACUGCAGCUGAUUGAUGAUAUUUUCAGAACCUGCCUUAGUAGGAACUUUGUGAAUCAGAUGAUCAUUUUUGACAAUAAAUAUUAAAUUAUUAUGAUU